UCAGUGACGAUCAUGGGUUAAAAAUGUCUGUACAUUGAAUUUGUUAAUUACGAUCCUCGAAUAAUAUCGAUUUCGGAUCUUCCAGACACUUAUGAAUUCACUAUCUGUAACUGGCCUCUUCCAAUAUUGUGUUAAUUUAGAGAUUGAAACCAAAGAAACGUCCGUUAGGAAAAGAGUAAAGUCGAAAUUUUUAUCCAAAGGUGACGACGUCGGCAAACAGACUACAGGAAUGGUUCCGAAAAUCGCCGUCGUUUCGUACGACGAAGAGGGUUUGAGCGAUCGUGAAAAUGGACAGUCACAUCACAUGUUGAACGAAUGGACCGAAAGCAGGGAAGAUGAGUCAUUCGAAAAUAAACAUUUUGGCAAACGGAAUGGUGAUAUUUCAAAUUUAUCGUCAUCGCACGAACAUUUGAAUGGAGAUAUUUCUUACGAAAAUUCCGAUCAACGGAUUCAGUUGUUGCAAGAAGAAGGAAUAGAUGAAUUUAAAACUGAUAUAGUGGGAUCUAGUGAUACAAAUGUAGAGGAAGGAUCUUUCACCAUUGGACUUCAAGUCUUUUUUCCUUUUCUGAUCGCGGGAUUUGGAACUGUUUCAGCUGGAAUACUACUCGAUGUUGUUCAGCAUUGGCAAGUUUACAAAGACAUUUCGGAAAUUUUCAUUUUGGUUCCUGCUCUUCUUGGAUUAAAAGGAAAUCUAGAAAUGACAUUGGCAUCAAGGCUUUCAACUGCGGCAAAUGUAGGAAACAUGGAUUGUGCAAAACGGCAAUGGAAAUUGAUAGGAGGAAACCUUGCAUUGAUACAGGUUCAGGCCACUGUAGUAGGAGCACUGGCGGCAUUUGCUGCAGUAGUCAUGGGAUGGAUACUUGACGGAGAAUUCAACAUUCAUCAUGCCACUCUGCUCUGUGCCAGCAGUUUGGUUACAGCCACAUUAGCCAGUUUGGUUCUCGGCUCUGUGAUGGUUGCAGUUGUUCUCAGCUCCAGAAAAUUUAACAUUAAUCCUGAUAAUGUAGCAACACCCAUCGCAGCUAGUUUGGGAGAUCUCAUCACACUUGCACUUUUGUCUGCAAUUAGUCGAUUCCUACAUAGUUGUAUUGAUUCUGAAGAUGGCACCCAUCAUUGGAUAGCACCUGUCAUCUGUUUGGGAUUCUUCCUCAUUCUCCCCCUGUGGGUGUACAUCACACAUCACAAUACCUUCACACAUGACGUACUCUACACUGGGUGGACCCCUGUACUUAGUGCAAUGGUUAUCAGCAGCUCAGGUGGUCUCAUUCUUGACUAUGCAGUGGAUAAGUACCAUGGAAUUGCAGUCUUCAGUCCAGUUAUGAAUGGUGUUGGAGGCAAUUUGGUCGCCGUUCAGGCAAGCCGGCUUUCAACUGGUCUGCACCAACUUGGCAAACCUGGUGAGGUACAAGAAUCAAGUAAAUUCCGUGGCUGCGUUGAUACGUUUUUUGGAUCAGGAGUACACGCUCGGACCACUCGUGUGUUGCUAUUCAUGGUUAUUCCUGGAAAUCUGAUAUUUUUGUACACAAUCCGUGUACUACAGGCGGGACAUACAACUCUAACGCUUAUGUUCACUUCUGGCUAUCUACUGGCUGGUCUGAUACAGGUCGCCAUUCUUCUCCUCACAGCCGAUUGGUUGGUUCACUGGAUGUGGAAACAAGGCAAAGAUCCCGACAACUACAGUAUCCCUUACUUAACUGCGCUGGGUGACUUACUCGGCACCGGGCUCCUGGCCGUGUCGUUCCAUCUUUUGUGGCUCGUAGGGGACCGCGACGCUGACGUGGGAGAUUAGUGGGAACAUUCCGUAAAUUAAUAUAUAAGUCAUAUACGCUAAGUCGAUUAUCAUAUUUAAAGAGAAGGAUAUAGAUUCCCCAGGAACCAUGUAACUUUUAUCGUCGCCGUUACAAAGUACAUACGAAUUUAUGAAUCUCAAAGCUUUGCGAGAUUGUAAAGGAUAAUCUAACCUCUCUAAAAUUGUCCUGGAAUUUGAUAGAGAUAUUACAUGAAAGCCGCCAUUUUGAAUGCUGCUCAGCAGCCUGACCGCUGACUUGUUUUUCCGUUUGAACCAUCAAAAGCUACACAAAAAUACGUUAGCGACCAAAUAGUCUUAUUUUUGCAAUAACCAAAAAAAUGGCUGCAUUUUUAGUCGAUUUUGAAGCACUUAUGAAGAGGAUUUUCGAACGGUUAGGUUAUGCUUUACAAUCACGAAACGCGAGAUGUAAAUUAUCCGGUGUCUGGAGCACACAUCUCCGCUAAAAUACAUUUUUUCAUAAGCUUUUGUGUGGAUACGUUGUGCGUUCAUUGACAAAUUUUCGGCGUUGCGCCCAAAGAUAAAUUAAGUAAACAAAAGUUUUUUCACUUCACCGAAAUGUUGUAUUUAACUGAAAUAAAGUUAUAAAAUUUCCACCCAUCAUUUCAAAGAAUGAAAUUACAAAUUUAAAUGAAAAUUGAUAUCUAUUAAGAGUGCUUUUUAUAAGAUUCUUUACAAUGAGAGGUAUUUCUGAAAUCUGAGUAUUAUCUUUCCAAUAAAGAUGCCACUCGGUAAAUAAAACUAAUAUAUUUUGUAGUUUAAUAGCAGUUUAUUAUAUCCGCAAGUACCAUAAGUUUGAAACCUUUACCUGUCCUCCAACUGUUAACUGCUGAAAUAAAGAUAUCUCUGAGGA